AUGAUUCUACGGAUACUUGGAUUUACUUUCUUGAUCGGUUUGAGCAUAAUUGUCGUAGAAUGCAUGUCGCCGUUUGUACGAACACGUUUUAAGAAGAAACCCGAGCAUCCUGUAAUUCUCAUACCUGGUGACGGUGGAAGUCAAUUGGAGGCGAAUCUCACAGGGAAACCUACAACCGUACAUUAUAUUUGCGCAAAGCAGACAACUGAUUAUUUUGAUCUAUGGUUGAAUUUGGAGUUGUUUGCACCUGUGGUUAUCGAUUGUUGGGUGGAUAAUAUGAUGCUGGUUUUCAACUCAUCGACUGGAUUAUCUUCAAACAUGCCAGGUGUUGACAUUCGAGUUCCCGGUUUUGGUGGCACCAGUUCGAUUGAAUGGCUUGAUAAGAGCAAGGCAUCGACUGGCUCGUAUUUUUCUACACUUGUAAGCAUGAUGACAACAUGGGGAUAUCGAAGCGGCAAAAGUGUUCAGGGUGCGCCGUUUGACUGGCGGCGGUCACCAAAUGAGCUGCAUCUCUACUUUGAUUUAUUAAAAGUCACCAUUGAGACCACUUACCGCUACAAUGGUAACACCAAAGUGAUCACUUUGGGGCAUAGUAUGGGUAACCCUAUGAUGCUCUACUUUUUCAACAAUAUCGUUGACCAGGCUUGGAAAGAUAAAUACAUCGAAUCCCAUGUCUCACUUGCGGCUGCAUGGGGUGGAGCUAUGCAAAUAGUUCGACUAUUUGCAUCUGGUUACAACAUGAACUACUACAGAAUAGUUCUGCCGCCCAGCAAGUUGAGGGCAAUGCAAAGGUCCUUCACUUCGUCAGCUUUCCUCUUUCCAAGUGUUGCUGUAUGGAAUAACAGUGAAGUGUUAGCGAGUACAUAUGAGAAGAACUACACGCUCGCCAACGUUGAAGAAUUCUUCAACGACAUCAAUUAUACCACAGGUUGGGAACAAUAUAAGGUGGCCGCACAAAUGAAUGGGAACUUGGAUCCACCAGGAGUUAAAGUGCACUGCAUCUAUGGCACUGGUUUAGACACUCCGGAACAGUUUAGCUGGGCUAAAGGUUACUUUCCUGAUUAUCCGCCCUCGAUUGUUUUCGGGGACGGUGAUGGGACAGUGAAUCGAAGAUCAGCUGAAGUCUGCCUACGGUGGAAUGAGUCUAAUAAUAAGGGAAAACAGGUUACCACUCACGAAAUCCCAGGAGCAGAACAUAUGGCCAUUAUGCAUAAUCCAGCUGCUAUCGAACUCGUACGGAAAGCAGUCUACGGUUUAUUGUGA